GAACGUCGACACACGAUGGAUUGGGUAUAGCGUAUGCUAUUUGCGAAGAGCUUUUAAAGACCAAGGCAUUCAUUUUCUUUGCCACACAUUUUCACGAACUCACAAGAAGUUUAACUGUCUACCCUAAUGUAGUAAACUUGCAUUUAGAAGUCGAACUUGGUGAAGAUAACGGACCAAUGGCAAUGAAAUAUUUGUAUAAAGUAAAAGAUGGGAGAAAUGAUGAUGAACAUUAUGGGUUGAAGUUUGGGCAAAUUGUUGGGUUACCUGAUGACAUAAUCCAAAAAGCUACCGAAGUUUCAUAUAAGUUGAAGAAUCUCAUAGAUGCUAAUAAGGAGAAAUCGACUUCAAACAAGAUAGUUCAACGUAGAAAGGCAUUACUUCAA